AUGAGCACCCACAGUCCGACCUUGGAGUCAAAACACAGCUCCUAUGCCAACUCUGGUUUCUCUCCCAACAGCAAGAAUAAGAGCAAGAGCAAAAUACCAUCCACCAUCCGUACCGUCCCUAGCUUUGAAGCACCUUCAGAUAUCUCAUCAGAAUCACCAUCCGCGCGAAACAGCGGGUUUUCAAGCUCCAUUAAUAGCAAUGUCAGCGGCACAUCAUAUAACUCUCAACAAGCACAAAGCAGCUCGACGGUCAGGUUAAAAUCGCAAUCACCUGGCUUAGAGCCGCCUUUACCGAUAUCGCGAAGUGAAGACCCGUAUAUGUCCGCAAGUGCUGCGACUCUCGGAGAAGAGAUGGUGGAGGAACCAACCUUAUCUUUACAGGUUCCGGGGACACCUAUGCCCGAAGAUCAUACAGGCGGAGCGCCGGAAAGUUCACCGCAAUGGGACGGCGCCGUCGGUAAGGCCGGCUUAGGAAAGACAGGCAGAGUGAUUAAUAAAUUGGUGUCGGACAAUGAAGCCUUGAAACGAGAUAUUCAGAUUGAGCGUUUCAAGGCCGAAGAAGCAAAGCGUGCGGCUAAAAUAAUCGAAGACAAGAUGGAGCAUAUGGUCGCAGACUAUGAGAACCGCCUAUUAGAAGCUACAAUAACUAAGACGUUAUUAAGUCGCAAGGAACGUCAAGUUGAGCACUUACAAUCUACGGUCGACCUCGAGAAGAAGCGCACAGCGGAUGCUCAAGAACGCGAACGGAUAUGGCGUGAAGAGAUGGAGAAGAGUCGCCGGGACACUAAGGUUCAGGUCGAAGAGGCUAAUAUGCAUGCGGCAUUAAUGGAGGGUCGAUACAAUGCUAUAUCAUCUCAUUGGAAGGAUCAGGGCGACGAAGUGAAGCGUGCUAUGGCGGGUCUUGAGGACAGAAUUAAAACACUGGUUGAGGAACGUAGGACGGACGAUGAAAAAAUCAACGUUCUCCGCGAUUUAUGUGACCAGCAAGACGGAAACAUUCGAGACCUGCAACGACAGAAGGAUGAAAUUGCCCAGCAAUUUGAGGCCUAUAAGCACGAACAGGAGCAAGCGCUAAAGGAUAUCAAGAAAAUCGCCCAUGAGAGAGAAGAAGAGCAGGAGAGGGCUCUCGAAGAGGCGAAGCGCGUGCUUGGCCAGCUGAAAUGGGCGCUUAACGUGAAGAAAAAUGUGAAGGGCGCUGAGUAG